GCCGACCCCUGGAGGACACCACAUCCCAGGCCCCACCAGAUCGCUUUCACUCGCGCGCGCCGCGCAGCCAGCUAACCCACUUUCCCUGGCCAGCCGCGAGAGCCGAGCAGCGCGCCGUGCACACACUCUCGUAGCUGCAGCGACAUGGCAAACGCGUUGCUUUUGACUGUUCUGGCCGUGUGCCUCAUCCUCGCGAUCCUCAACUUCGACCUGGCAGACGCUGUUCUCCAGCCCCGCGCGCCAAAUUUCCAAUAUUUUGAAAGGCCUAAGUACAGAUACCCUUAUUACGACGAGAAUGGACGCGGCAGACUACUCUACGGCUAUGGAGGCCCUGAACUUUAUCAAUACAAAUCCUACUCUCCGCUGGAAGGAAUCCACUAAAUUUCUCAUCUAGUUUUAAUCCAGACUGUCUCAUGCAAUGAUUGAAAAUGCCAAAUUUUUAGAUCUUUCUAUAUUAGAUAUAUUCAAUUUUCUUCACAGCGAGAAUGACAUGUAAAUUAAGAUGAUUGUUGUAUUAUUUUAAUAAUAAAAAAUAUAUUUAAAACCAAUCAAA